AUAUUUUCCUAAUAAAGCAGCUUUUCCACCGCACACUGUUCGCUAUAUUUUCUUCAAAGUCGAAGUCGGAGCCGAGAAGUGCAAACUCAACGACGCAGUUUUCUGACUGUCUCGCCCACACUGCCCAGCCAUAGCGAAGGUUUGGAGUUUGGAUUCUCAAGAGUAGCUGUUCGCGCCGCACAUCAGCCUAAAAAUCGAGUUGUAUUGUCGAAUUUGUUGGCGACUGGGCAACGGAUUCACCCUUUGAGCUCCCUGAGGAAUUUCAUUAUCUCUGUAAUUUCUCAGCUCACAAGGUUGCUUUUACUGCCUUCAAUUUAUGUAAAUGAUGUCGGGAAGAGAUCGAAUCAGACAACUUCCUAUAGAAAUACUUGACAAUAUUUUGGGAUUUUUGCCGAUCGUAGAAGCUGCUAGAACUGCCGUUUUGUCUACCAUUUGGAGAGAUUGUUGGUCCAGUCUCACACAGCUUAACUUUGAUGAUAAGUUCUUUGCUUAUGUUGGGGAAAAAUAUUCUGGCAGUUAUAAUCGCACAUCAACCUGUAUGUAUGUAAUCAACAAAGUUCUCAUGCGGCACCAUGGACCUAUUCGGAAAUUUGCCUUGGUUUUUGAUUGUGACUCACCAAUCAUGAGUGAUACGCAUGGUUCUCGAAAAUUUGACUUCGAUCAAUGGUUCCUUUUUAUCACUCAAAAAGGUGUUGAAGAAAUGAACUUUACUUUUCGAACAGAGUUUGGUCCAAAUACAUGCUUCGGGCUCCCAAAUUGCAUAUUAUCUUGCUCAACUCUCAAGAGGUUGGAUCUCUGCGGAGUAAUAUUUCCACCAACAAUAAAUGCCCCUUUCGUAUUUCCGAAUGUCACUUCACUUAGUUUUGAUGUGGUUAUCUUUAGUGCUAUUAAUAUGAAUUGUGUUAUAGAUGUUCCUAUGCUUGAGACUCUUUCAUUCAACAAUUGUGUAAAUACAUCAUAUUUCAACAUUAAGGCUCCCAGGCUUGGCAGUUUAACACUCCAGUAUUAUUGCAAUGAUGACGAUAUCGACGAUUAUGUUCCUAUUCUCCCGGUUAGCUUGGACUUGUCAUUUAUUCAUACUCUUUGUUUGGAUUUCAAUUUCAAGCCUUUCAAGCUUUUUGCCAGCGAACUUACUAGAUGGGGACCUGAACUAAAUGUGGAAUGCGUGGAGUUAUACGAUGUCAAUGUUCUUUAUGAUGAUGACUUCUCUUCAUUUAUUCAUUCAUUACUAAUAUGUCCGAAAUUACGCAAGCUUGACAUAACUCAUUUAUACUUUUAUGCAGAAAUCUCUAGAUCUAUACUUUGGGAGGAACUUCAAAGUGCAGCUAAAGUGCUUAAAAUGCUUCACACUUUUAAGCUUAGAUUAUUCAAUGGGUCAAGGUUUGAAUUGCAAUUCAUCGAGGUGCUACUUGCUUGCUUUCCCGCACUUGAAAAGGUUGUCAUUAUUCGCCAGAUGGAGUUUGAUUCCAAUGAGGAGUUUAAAAUCAUGCAAAAGUUUUUUCAUUUUCCUCGUGCAUCAAAGAAAGCAAAAAUUGUUUACAUAUAAGCAUCUUAUUAUAUUUUUGUUGAAUUAAUAUAUGCAUUUCCUUGAUUCACUCUUUGAGUUCAAUAUUUUGUAAUGUACUAAUGGUUAACUCGAGUAUCCUUACUAGUUGAAUCUUCGAGAACACUACCCUUUUUUGGUUUUGAA